CUCACCAUGCCUUUGGCCUGUGUCUCUGUGCUGCUGUUGCUGGCUGUCUGUCAGGCCCAGCCUCUGUCUGAGCCACACACUGGAGAAGAACAGCUCCUAGAGGACGAAGACACUGUGGACAUCAGCACCAGGAUCCUGUCCUCCAACAAUCAGUCUGACACCUUCCUCCUGGAAGGAGAUCUGCUGCCUCCCACACACAGGAAUGCCAUGAAGUGCUGGUACAACAGCUGCCUCUGGCCCAAAAGCUCUGAUGGCCUGGUCUACAUUCCCUACAUUGUGAACAGUGAGUUCAACAGUUAUGAGACGCGGGUCAUCAGUUCCGCUCUGAGUAGCUUCCACGGUCCCACCUGCAUCCGCUUUGUUCCUCGUCAGACCCAGAACGACUACAUCAGCGUCGAGAACCAGAGCGGCUGUUUCUCUGCUCUGGGGAGACAGGGAGGCAGACAGGUGCUGUCUCUCAACAGAGGAGGCUGUGUCUAUGCAGGCAUCGUGGAACAUGAGUUCAACCACGCUCUGGGCUUCCAGCACGAGCAGACCAGGAGCGACCGUGACCAGUACGUCCGGAUCAACUGGGCCAAUAUGGACCCUACCAUGGCCUACAACUUCUACAAAUCUGACACCAACAACCUGAACACGCCCUAUGACUACGGCUCCAUCAUGCACUACGGAAGAACAGCCUUCUCCAACAAUGGUCGGGAGACCAUCACCCCCCUCUCCAGCUCCCCAGUCGACAUCGGACAGAGACAGGCUCUGUCCUCCUGGGACAUCAAGAGGAUCAACAUGCUCUACAGCUGUUGA